AUGCGACCGGAUGGUAUCAGCUUCAGUGAACCAUCGCCCUCACCAUCAACUGGGCAGAUCACUUCACAGUCAAGAGCAAACUCUAAUAAAGUACAAGGCACAAACGAUAAUGGGAAUGCUGGAAAGAAAAGAUUAGCAUGUAAUAAUUGUAGAAAGAGGAGAAAGAAAUGUAAUCUAGCCUAUCCUUGUGAUGGAUGUGUCAGGUUAAAGCUAAAAUGCAACAUCAAUGAAGAGGAUUUAAGAAGGAAAAGAUACACGAACGCUUAUGUCAAAUCCUUGGAGGAACAUAUUACUCAGCUUGAAAUGAAUUUAAAGUCGUUAGCGGGGCAAGUAUAUCCCAAUAAUUCGCAUGUGCUAAAAGAUAAAACUUAUUUACCUUCAUUACCAUUAGCAAACAAUGAAAAGAAGAUAGACUCUCCAUUAGCCCCCAUCCUUCCUCCACUAGGGUCUCAGCUUGGACCUUCAAUCAUUCGUGAUGCUGGAAGUAUUACACUUUCUAAGAAAAAAGUGUUUCUUAAAGGUAGUCUGUAUCCUGAAGGACCUGUUACUUAUAAGUCGAAUUCUUCGAUUUCACAGCUGCCUUCUGCCUCACCUUCAGCUUCUAUAGGUUCAGCAGACGGUUCCAGCGUGAGCUUAAUUAGUAAUGCAGACGGAUUUGAAGCUGAAAAACGUAUUGCCGAUUUGAAAACCACUGUGAUUAAAAGACCUACAAUAGUAACAGAUCCAAACCUGAUUAUAAAUGAUGCAAAGAUUUUAAAGGCUUUAUCGAAUUUUUACAAGUGGUUAUAUCCAGGGCAUUUCACUUUUGUUCAUAGAGAAAGCUUUCUCUAUGGUUUUUUUAAUCAUGCCAAAAAUAAUUACGAAGAUUCAAAUUAUUGUUCUGUGGAACUUAUAUAUGCAAUGUGCGCUGUUGGGUCAAGAUUGAGUCCAGACCUUCAAAAUAUGUCAGAAAUUUACUAUGAGAAGAGUAAAAUGAUGUUACUCAAUUUAGUGUUCGAUGAAGAUAGUAUAUCACGUAUAACAACUGUUCAGGCACUGUUAUGCUUGGCCUUUUACGAAUUAGGUAGAGGGAGCUAUCAAUUGGCCUGGUAUUUCUCAGGUUUAGCUAUGAGAGUUGGACAUGAUAUGGGCUUCCAACUGGAUCCAAAAGACUGGUAUACAGAUGAAUCUAGCGGUAAGUUAACCAAGAGUGAAUUGGAGAUCAGGUCAAGAAUAUACUGGGGGUGCUAUAUUGCGGACCAUUUUAUCUGUCUGAUGUUAGGUAGAACGGCGACAUUGAGUGUGAGUAACUCCACCAUUCCAGAAUCUGACGAAUUACCUGAAGUUGAAGGCACAGAAGAGUUUAGGUUUGUAGGUAAGCAUGUGUUACAAAUUUCCUUACCAUUGAAGAACUUGAUUAUAUUGUCAAGAUUUGUCCAAAUUUUCACCUCUAAGAUUUUCAUUGAAAGUGAUGAUACAAUUGAGAAAGUUAAAUAUUUGAAUAAAUUCAAUGGUCAAGUGUACAAUUGGAGACAAUCAUUGCCAGACUUAUUGAAGUGGUCGAAGGAGCUGUUAGAAGAUGACGACGUCUCAACUGAUCCUACGAUUUCUUACUUCUGGUACUACUAUUACAUUGUGAGGUUAACUUUCAAUAGACCAUUUAUGAAAGAUUCCGAUGAAGCCAGGAUUGUCAUUGUGGAAAUUAUUGAUGAUUUGAAGAAAUUAUUCGAAAAUUUCAAAAGAAAAUUUGGCAGUUAUAAGAAAGCUACGAUAUUUCAAUUAUACGCCUGUAUACUAACCAUUACAUGCUUAAAGAAGUUACAGGAUAUGAAAGUAAAUUCAACUGCAGAGUUACAAAAGUGUAACGAUCAACUGAAAUUUUUCGAGCACAUCUUCAAUAAAGAAUUAUAUCCAGCCUACGAUCUACCAAAGAGACUAAAUGAUGACGAAUAUUUUGAGAUUGACACAGAAAAGCAAGCUUUGAAUCAAGUCGCGAAUAACAAUUAUACGCAUGACUUUUCUCUCAGCAACGAAAUCGACGAUCUCAUUAAAGAUAUUUUCGGUGUAGACUAUAACCCGGCCCAGCCGCUUAUAUGA